AUGUCACAUCGAGGUUUCCUGGGAGAUAGAAGUGUUGAGAACAGUUGGAUACCGCUUUUUAAAUCGUGUAAAUCUGGAGAUGUUGCAGCAGUUAAAUUUCUGUUGGAAAAUGGCGCAAAUCCAGACGCUACUAAACCGCACGGUCAGACGGCUCUUCACUUCGUUUCGUCAUAUAAAUCUGAAAAAAAUCUCCAAAUAUUACAGUUAUUAAUAGAACAUAACGCAGAUAUUGAAGCUGUAGAUAAGAGAGGUCAGACACCUCUCUUUGAAGCUUGUAUCUGUGAAAAUUUUGAAGCAGUUGAAUGUCUUCUAAAAAAUAAUGCUAAUCCAAAUGCUAGAGAUGAGAGUGGUUCCACAGUUCUUCACCGUAGUUGUUUAAUGGAAUCUGAAACAACUUGCCAAAUCAUCCAGUUAUUGCUGAAGUAUAAUGCAGAUGUUAAUGCUGUGUGCGAUAUUGGUCAUUCACCACUUUUUGGAGCUUGUCAAUUUGGAGGUUUUGCAAUAAUUAAAAUUCUAUUGGAAAAUAAUGCUAAUCCAAAUAUAGUGGAUCAGGAUGGUGAAACACCUCUUCACCGCAUUGGCUACUAUGAAUCAAGAACAACUCGCCAAAUAAUAGAAUUAUUACUGAAGUAUAAGGCAGAUGCUGAAGCUGUAAAUAAGAGAGGCCAGACACCUCUUUUUGAAGCCUGUAGAUCUGGAGAUAUUGCAGCAGUUGAGUGUUUAUUGGAGAAUUGUGCUAAUCCAAAUGUAGCAGAUCGGAAUGGCCAAACACCUCUUCACCAUAUUUGUUUACGGGAAUGUAAAACAAAUCUCCAGAUAAUGCAGUUAUUGCUGAAGCAUGAUGAAAAUUUUGAAGCUGUUAUAGAGAAGCAUGCUAUUGUAAAUGUAGCAGAUAGGGAUUAUGGAGCAAUUCGUCACAAUUUGUAUUUGAAGGAAUGUAGAAGAAUUAUCCAAAUAAUACAGCUAUUGCUGAAGCAUAAUGCAAACAUUGAAGCUGUCGAUGAGGAAGGUCACACACCUCUUUUUGUAGCUUGUAAUUCUCAAAAUAUUGUAGCAGUCAAAGUUCUUCUAACAUAUGGUGCUAAUAUUCAUAUUUUUGAUAAAAGGAAUCAAUCUCCGCUUCCAUGUGCUGUUGAUAAAAUGUUGACAACUUCCCCCGUAAAUUUGCCCAUUCAUACUGUAAUUCAAAUGCUAGUGUCACAUUCAAUUAAAUUAAAGACUGCUGGACUAAAUCUGAAUGAAUGUGACUUUGUGACUAUGAAUGGAGCAAAAUAUUCCGCGAUAAACGGAUUGAAAUUCAAUACCGUUUUAGAUGAUGCGUUGGAUACAUUAGACACCAUGUGUGAAGAAGAAAUUAAAAGAAUGAAAAUGGAAAAUAUCGGAAUUAAUGACAUGUGUUUUCAUGAGUUGUUAACACAACAUAUGCACCGGAUUGGCAUAUUAAUGGAAAAUCAAAAGAUCCAAGAAAUUUUAAAACCAUCUGAUUAUGAUGAAAAGUUUCCAUUAUAUAUGGGUAUUGUAAGAUUCCGACUUAGGAAAGCACAAUGUCGAUAUGAACGAUAUAAACUGCAAAAAUCUGCUGGAGAACACUUUCGUUCGAAUAUUAAACCAGAACUUCUUCCUGAGUGUAUCGACGAAGUGUUGAGUUACUUGACCACUAUAGAUCUGAAGACUUUCAUCCGGACAUUUGAACCAUCAAAGGGAGAAUGA